AAUACACACUACUUAAAACACAAUAGCUGGUACAUUUAUUUACUGACCAUACGUAAACAAGAAACAACGUGUGUGUUAUUUUUUCUUAAAUUUCAAUUUUAACUUACACGAGUUAUACCUAAAACGUUCAAGUUUUUAACUGUAGUAUUUAUCAUCAUUCAUCAUAAUGCCCAUGAAAAAAAAAAAGUUUCAGUCCGGUGAAGGAGCCAGAUACGUCACAAGACGGGCUGCUUUAAAUAAACUACAGUUGUCGCUGAAAGAUUUUCGUACAUUAUGCAUCAUAAAGGGGAUUUAUCCGAGAGAACCAGCACAUCGUCGUCGAGCACAAAAAGGAAAAAGUGGUAUACACAUAUUGUACUUGAAAAAAGACAUACUGUUUCUUUUGCACGAACCGAUGAUAUGGAAGUUACGGGAGUUGCAAGUUCAUUUAAAAAGAUUAAAGCGGGCUAAAGGUAUGCACCAAAGAGACAUGGUAAAACGAUAUUCCAGUACUGUUCCACGUGUAAACAUUGAUCAUGUUGUUAAGGAACGCUAUCCAACUUUUAUUGAUGCACUACGAGAUAUGGAUGAUGCUUUGACUUUAUGUUGUUUGUUCUCUACAUUUCCAAAAUUAAAAAGCAUAUCACCUAACAUUAUUGCCCUCUGCCGCCGUCUUACAGUUGAGUUCAUGCACUAUUGUAUUGCAGCUCGUGCACUUCGUAAAGUUUUUAUAUCUAUCAAAGGUAUUUAUUUCCAAGUUGAAAUCAAAGGACAAGCAAUUACUUGGAUAAUUCCUCACAAUUAUCCUCAUGAACCUCAAAAAAAACAAGAAGUGGAUUUCUAUACAAUGACUACUUUUGCCGAUUUUUAUUCUACAGCCAUUGGAUUUGUUAAUUUCCGUCUGUAUCAUAGUUUGAACUUGUAUUAUCCACCAAGACUAGGAUCCUAUAAUGCGGAGAGUCUCGAACAAGAAAUUUUAGAAGACAAUGAAACUAGUGAUCGUGUGGCAGCUUUAAAUUUACCAUUGCUAAAAACUGCAGAGAAUGUAGAAGAUCCAGCUGAAGAUGAUUUGGAUUUAGAUACUUUCCCAAUGGAAGGUGAUGAAGCGAAAGCAGAAGAAGCCCGCAAGGAGUAUGAAAAAGUGAGAAAAUUAAAAAAAUUGUUCGAGGGACUCAAGGUUUUCCUUAACAGAGAAGUACCUAGGGAGCCUUUAGUGUUUGCACUUCGGUGCUUUGGCGCAAAAGUUUCUUGGGACGAAACUACAUUUUCUGAAGGUGCAUUGUUCCAUGAAACUGACGAAACAAUUACUCAUCAAAUUGUUGAUAGGCCUGACAUCGAAAAACAAUAUAUUUCAAGAUACUAUGUUCAGCCCCAAUGGGUAUUUGACUGUGUGAAUGCUCGUGAAUUAUUACCUGUUGAAAAAUACUUUAUAGGCAUGUCGUUGCCUCCUCAUCUUUCACCAUUUACAAUUGAAUACAAAACUCAACGCUAUGUGCCACCUGAAGAAAAGGCCUUAACAGAUCCAUCUGCCAUGCCUAACACAGACCAAGAUCUAUUGGAUGAAAUAUCUGACAAUGACAUUGAGGACAUAGAUGAUGACAAAAAAGUAUCGGUUGAUGAUGAAGAAAUGGAGGCAGAUGAAAGCGAUGAUGAUGAUGACUACGAUGGUGAAAUUACUGAAGAAAAGUUAGCUGCAAUGAAGCGCAAAAAAAUGAAGGUAGAGUCUGGUGCACCUGAAAUGGUAAACAAAGGUAAAUUGAGGCGUGAAAUGAAACAACUUCAAUUACUCAAAGAGAAGAUGAUCCAAAAGAAGUACAGAAACCUGUACAAAAGUAUGAAAUCUGGUAGAAUGAAGAGAGAAAAAGAAAUCAAAUUACUUAAAUACAAAAGACGUAUUCAUGAAAGGACAAGUUUAGAAACUAAACGUGCAGAGAUUAGAGCUAGACGAGCACAAGCUGCUACUUUAGCAUAGUUUUAGUUGUAUGAUGGAGCUACACAAAUCACUGUAUAAUUUUAUAACUUGAUGGAAUAAACAAUUAAAUUUACUGUA